GAGUCCCAGCCAAGCCCAGGAGCGAAGAGAGAAGAAGGAAAAGUUUUCUAAAUGGAUUUCUUUGGUGGAAUCAGACGUUAUUUAUUUUCAUAUGUGCUUCUCAAUGGCAUAUUCAUAACAUUACAAACCAAAGAAGAGGUGCUUUUGGACAUGAGGGCAUCAGGAGAUGAACUGGGCUGGCUGACUUGGCCCUUAGAUCAGGGAGAGAAGACUGGGUGGGAGGUCGUCCAGAGGACUCUGAAUGGCUCUCAGUUCUAUACCUACUCCGUCUGCAACGUUGAGGAACGUGAGCAGGACAACUGGCUGCGCACCACCUUCAUCCAGCGGCAUCCACUGGCCUCGCGGGUUUUUGUGGAACUUAAGUUUAUUGUACGUGACUGCAACUCUUUUGAUGGAGCCUCAUUAAUCUGCAAGGAAACCUUCAACCUCUACACAUCUGAGUCGGACGCAGACGUGGGCACCACCUUCCGCAAGAGCCAGUUUAAGAAAGUGGCCACCAUAGCUCCAGAUGAGAUCACCAGCAAAAAUGAAAUGCACAUCAACACAGAGACGCGAGUGGUAGACAGCCUGUCUCGAAAAGGCUUCUACUUGGCCUUUCAAGACAUCGGAGCCUGCAUGGCUCUUCUCUCUGUCAGGGUCUACUACAAAACCUGCCCGAGCACAGUGCAGAAUCUCGCAAUAUUCCCUGAGACAGUGGCUGGAGGUGAGAACCAGCCGCUUACGGAAGUGAGUGGGGUGUGCGUGGAAAAUGCUGUCAGUGAGGAGUUACCUCGCAUCUACUGCACUGAGGAAGGCAAGUGGGCGGUGCAGGUUGGACAGUGCCAAUGCAAACCCGGCUUUGAAGAAGUUAAAGACACAUGUCAAAAAUGUCAGCCUGGCUUCUUUAAAGCUGAGGCAUCGAGCGAUGGGUGUAAGCCGUGUCCUGCCAACACUAAGAUGAUGGAAGCGGGUGCUUUGCUUUGUCCCUGCAUGGAUGGCUUUUACCGGGCUCUAACUGACCCCCCUACUGGUGCCUGCUCAGGCCCCCCCUCUGCCCCUCAAGAUCUUGUGGCCAUCCCUCAGCUGUCUGUGGGAAAACUCCUCCUCUCCUGGAGCCCCCCUGAAGACACUGGAGGUCGAACUGACAUCACCUACAAUGUUGAAUGUCAGCGCUGUGAGGGAACUGUGUGCCAGCCCUGUGGAGAGAGAGUCCGCUAUGAGCCGGGCAGCGUGAAGCUGACUGAGGCCCAGGUGUCAGUGAGCGAGCUGGAAGCUCACCUGAACUACACCUUCACCGUGGAGUCACACAGCGGCGUGUCGCUCUUGGCCAGUGAGGCUUAUAGGCCACCAUCCGGGAGCAAUGUGACUAUAUUUCUGCACCACACAGAUCCCCCCCAAAUUACCACAAUGCGACUGGUUGGAAGGACCUCCACCACCCUGUCUCUUUCCUGGGACGUAUCCCCUCGACCGCGUGCCUCACACCGGCACCUCCGCUAUAAACUAACUUACCACAAGAAGGAUGAUAACCUUGAUAAGACCACCUACACUGUGCUCACGCUCGACAAGAACUCUGCACAGAUAAAAGAUCUGGCCCCAGGCACAGCCUACCAAUUCAGAGUGCAGGCCCUCGGCAGUGACGACAACUCUGAAGGCUCCAGAAUGGAGGAACAGUUCGAGACCUUGUCUGAAGGACACAUGCCUCAGAACUACACAAUUUUAUUAUUGGUGACAGUUGGGGUCGCAGUGGUCUUGAUCAUAGUGUUCGUGUUCCUCUUCCUCCGCAGACGGAAAGGGAACUCUCACACCAGGCAAGGACCAGAGGACACAUACUUCUCCAGCCCAGAACAGUUAAAGCCUCUGAAGACCUACGUAGAUCCGCAUACAUACGAAGACCCGAACGUAGCCGUCCUCAAGUUUGCCACUGAAAUCCACCCCAGCCACAUAACCAAACAGAAAGUCAUUGGAGCUGGAGAGUUCGGUGAGGUGUACCGUGGCAUUCUGAAGGCACCGGGGAGGAAGGAGGUGGCGGUGGCCAUCAAGACGCUGAAGCCUGGCUACACAGAGAAACAGAGGCAGGAUUUUCUGAGUGAGGCCUCCAUCAUGGGCCAGUUCUCCCACCAGAACAUCAUUCGCCUGGAGGGGGUGGUUACCAAAUUUAAACAUGCAAUGAUUGUGACUGAGUACAUGGAGAAUGGAGCACUGGACAGGUACCUCAGGGACCAUGACGGCGAGUUUUCCUCCUCCCAGCUGGUGGGCAUGCUGCGUGGCAUCGCCGCAGGCAUGAAGUACCUCUCUGACAUGAGCUACGUCCAUCGAGACCUGGCUGCCCGUAACAUCCUUGUCAACAACAAUCUGGAGUGCAAAGUGUCUGACUUCGGCCUGUCUCGAGUUCUGGAGGACGAUCCUGAGGGGACGUACACCACAAGUGGAGGUAAAAUUCCCAUUCGUUGGACAGCUCCAGAGGCGAUAGCGUACAGGAAGUUCACCUCAGCAAGUGACGUGUGGAGUUUUGGCAUUGUCAUGUGGGAGGUGAUGGCUUUUGGAGAAAGACCUUACUGGGACAUGAGUAACCAUGAGGUGAUGAAGGCCAUCAAUGAAGCUUUCAGGCUUCCAGCUCCUAUGGACUGUCCCUCAGCCGUUUACCAGCUGAUGUUGCAGUGCUGGCUCCAGGAUCGCUCCAAAAGGCCACGCUUUGGAGACAUAGUCAGCCUACUGGACAAGCUGCUGCGGAGCCCAGAGUCCCUGAAGACCAUUGCAGACUUUGACCCACGAGUAUCCAUCCGCCUGCCCAGCACCAGUGGCUCAGAUGGCUCUCCCUUCAGGUCGGUGUCUGAAUGGCUGGAGUCCAUCAAGAUGAGCCAGUACAGUGAGAACUUCACCUGCGCUGGGAUUGUCACCAUGGACCAGGUCCUGCAGAUGAAGACUGAGGAUAUUAAGAACAUCGGAGUGAGGCUGCCUGGACAUUUGAAAAGAAUUGCCUACAGCAUCUUGGGUUUAAAGGACCAGACCAGCACACUGAGCGUGUUUGCAGUGUGAUCCUUACAAUGAAGGGAUUUCAAAUCAGGCACUGCAGCAGGCAGCCCUUUGAACUCUAAACUGAGCUGGAGCACUACUGCAGGGAUGGCUUUGGAUCAACAGAAUCAAGAGAACUGUGCCAUCCUUUCAGGCUGACUGAGACGAGCUUGCUGUACAUUUUUUUGAUUUCUUCAUCUUAUCCACGGGAAAUGGAGCAAAUACACAACCGCAACUAUAUCAAGUAGACUGUAUAUUUAAAUAUCUAUUUUUUUAUUAUCCAUGAUUUCUCUACAGAUACAAUUUAUUGCUCUUACAUGAAACCUUUUUUCCAUUCCCCGGUUCAUGAAACAGUCCACUCCUUGGAAUGGCUUCAGCUUUACAAAAUUGUGCCUUGAGCUUGUCGUAUCCAGCAUCAAACAAACGAGCAAAGCACAGCCAAGUGCGACCAGCCUUUGUUGUGACUGUGGUUGGCAGUGAUAUCGCAAAAUCUUCCUUUAAUUGGCACCUUGCUCCAUUUCCUGUGUUAGGCCAGUGAGGAGGAGCGCUGCAAUGAGCUUGAGCUGGCCCAGAGUUAAAGACACGGUGUUGCCUUGGUAUAUAAACACAGAUGGACAUGAUGUUUUUACUGGCCUUCUUCUGGCUCGGUGCAGAAAUUAAGCUAUAAUCUUAUAAGUGAUGUUUAUAUGAAAAAGAGAGGACAUUUGUGAGGUACUGUGUGUACAGAAUCUUUUUUUUUUUUUUUCCCUCUUAGUUUUUGGUUACCAAAAGCAUUGGGAACAAGAAUCAAAAAUGUAGCACUUGGAUCUAGAAUCAGAAUAUUCGUUUGUCUCGGAAUAGCAAUAAAAAGGGAAACUACACUCCACAGUUUCACUCCGAGGUUUUUGUUGGAAUGCCGUACAUUUGUUUGUAGUGUACCGGCGAUGAAGAGGGAUGUUAGAAAAGAAAAAAAAAAAAUGCCCUCGGAAGAAAAAAAAAAAAAGGAUUAAAUAAUAAGUGGUUGUAGUUUAGACAAUUUCACACUAAAAUAAUAGUUUGGUUUGCAAUUUCAGUGUCUCCUGUAGUUUUGUAAAAGCUUUACAGACGUUCAUUCAUAUUUUUGUUGGUUUGUGUAACAUGUCGACUGGAUAAAUAUGAAUUGGCAGUUGCUUGACUUCAGACUUUUAAAGACAUUUUUAAGUGCCUCUUUAUAGAAGGUUAGCGAGAGCUUGCUUCUGUCUGUAUUAAAGAAGCAGCUCUAUAAUGUAGUGAGUAGCGUGUAGUGUGCCCCAGUGCUCUUAAUUGAUGACUGCAAUUCAUUGUGUUACUGAUGUAAACCUUCCUUUACUUGAAUUUUUAAUGUAUUUUCAAAGUGUAUCUAUGAUUCAGUUGUAGCAGAUAGACCCAUCUUUGGAAAAGGGAUUUUUUUUUUGUAUUACUCUGCUUUAUUGGUUGCAGUUUUGUAUAUUUUUUAUGAUUUCACUAUUUACCAUAUUGCCAAACGGAUUAUUUUUCUAAGUUCCAAUCACUUUCCAAAGAGACUUCUCCUACUUCUGCUUUCUUCCUUCAUCAAAGAGCAAACUCCCUGCUUUGCAAAUUCCUUCCUUUGUGCCUGUUGUUUUAUACUGUAUUUAAAAGUGUAUUUAUUUUGAACUUUUAUUUAUUUAUCCUGAUAAACACUGAGCUGGGUUUAUAAUUGGAGCUUGCUCUCUCAUUCUCAGUAAUGAUGAUGAUAAUAAAAAAAAAAAAAAAGGUUGUAAUGUUCCUCUUUUCAUUCCUGAUUUCUUCUUACCUGAUAUUGCCUUUGUUGCAUUUGUGGAGCAAUAAAGUCUUAAACUGCAUUUGGCAAAAAGACUGUUGUAUGAUUGACAUAAAAAUUAGCAAAUGAAUGUAUACUUUAAAGGCUGUCUCAAUGUUUUUGCACCCACCUGCGCAUGCUUAUUGUGCCUUUGGCUGUUUUAAUAAUAAACUGUAAUCAACAUCCAAAUCCUCGACUAGCUCCAAGAAAACGGAUUACCCGGCUGAUCCUGAUAAUAAAACUCGCCUUGAAGACCUGAAAAAUUAA